CGUCACGUGACAUGAUGAAACCGUGAGGCCAUAGGUUUGAAUGGAGCAGUAGACGCACUACAGUACAUUAUUCCACCUGAGAAACAUUUUCAUGCACAUCUGCUCUGAAAACUACACAACUCCCCACAUCACUGACAGGAGAAAACCCGUUCGAACAUACUCUGUACAAUGUCUGCCGAUGAGUGUAUAUCACAGAGUGAUUCCAAGGAAAUUCCUGUCUCUGGAAAUGAUACUGAAGGUUCUGUUAAACCUGAAGAAUAUCAGACCAUAGCUCUCCAUGACUCCAAAAACCAACAAAAUGGGGAUUGUUCAUUCCCUGUCAUGAAGAAUAACACAGGCGAUGAACCGGCAAUACCAUUGACGAAUGGAGAUGUGCAUCUUGCUCAAGCCCAGGAGCUGUGGAGCACAGCCAGAGACGAGCCUGUCAAACUGAGGAUGGAGACAUCGGGACUGGGCUCAGAACCUCCAAUGACCAUCCAUCAGAUGUUCAUGUCUACAGUGCAGAAGUAUGGAGACUAUCCUGCCCUCCGUGCAAAGAAAGAUGGAAUAUGGGUCACUCUGACCUAUAAGGAGUACUAUCAACAUGCAAGAGCGGCAGCCAAAAGCUUUUUGAAGCUUGGUCUGGAGCGAUUCCAUGGCGUUGGUAUUCUGGGCUUUAAUUCUCCUGAAUGGUUUAUAGCCGACGUUGGAUGUAUCCUAGCAGGGGGACUGGCCACUGGAAUCUACACCACUAACUCUCCAGAGGCCUGCCACUACGUCGCUCAUAACUGUGAAGCUAAUGUCCUAGUUGUGGAAAACAACAAACAACUGAUCAAAAUCCUCCAGGUCAGAGAUCAGCUGCCACAUUUGAAGGCUAUUGUUCAGUACAAGGGCGAACUGGAGCAGAAGUUACCAAACGUAUAUACGUGGGCUGAAUUCAUGAAGUUUGGAGCAAGUGUUGCUGAUUCUGAGCUGGAUGUGUUGAUAGACAGUCAAAAAGCCAACGAGUGCUGCACAUUAAUCUACACAUCAGGCACCACAGGGAAUCCCAAAGGGGUCAUGCUCAGCCAUGAUAAUAUCACUUGGACAGCCAGCGCAGCAGGUCGCAUGAUCAAUCUGAAGAUGGCUGAGGAAGAACUUGUGAGUUACUUGCCCUUGAGUCACGUGGCAGCCCAGGUUCAAGACAUGUGGAUCUGCAUGAGGUUUGCCGGCAUAACCAGUUUUGCAGAGCCGGAUGCCCUGAAGGGCUCCCUGGCCAACACUUUGAGAGACGUGCGUCCCACGAGCUUCUUGGGAGUUCCUCGGGUGUGGGAAAAAAUGCAGGAAGCAAUGAAAGCCGUUGGUGCAAAGUCGUCUGUCACAAAAAAGAAGAUUUCAGACUGGGCCAAGGGGAUUGGACUUCAAGCUAGCUAUAAUGCCAUGAAUGGUGAUUCCUCAGUGCCAUGGGGCUUCACGUUGGCAAAUGCCCUGGUUUACAAGAACGUAAGAAAAGCUCUGGGUCUUGACCGCUGUAGGAGUUGUUUUACAGGUGCAGCUCCAAUCACCAAAGACACACUGGAGUACUUCAUGAGCCUUUACAUCCCCAUCUUUGAGUUGUACGGCAUGAGCGAGAGCACUGGACCCCACACCGUCUCCUGGGCUGAGGGUUAUCGCAUUAUGAGUUGUGGUAAGGUGUUGACUGGCUGCAAAACUAAGUUAGACAAGCCAGAUACUGAUGGGAUCGGUGAGAUAUGUUUCUGGGGGAGGCAUGUGUUUAUGGGAUACCUGAACAUGCCAGAAAAGACUGAGGAGGCACUGGAUACAGACGGGUGGCUUCACUCAGGAGACCUAGGCAAACAUGACGAAGAUGACUUCCUGUUCAUCACUGGCAGAAUAAAAGAAUUAAUCAUUACUGCUGGUGGAGAAAAUGUACCGCCCGUCCCUAUUGAGGACGCCUUAAAAGAGGAGGUGUCAAUCAUCAGCAAUGCCAUGCUGGUUGGAGACAAAAAGAAGUUUCUGUCUAUGCUACUCACACUUAAGUGUAACAUUGAUGACAAUGGAGACCCCACAGAUGAACUGACACUGUUAGCGGUGGACUAUUGUCAGCAGCACGGUGUUAUUGCCAGUAAAGUCUCAGAAAUCAUUAACAAAAAAGAACCAGCCAUUUACAAAGCCAUCCAGGAGGGCAUAGACCGCGUAAAUGCCAAAGCCACAUCCAAUGCCCAGAGAAUCCAGAAGUGGACCAUCCUUCAACGAGACUUCUCCAUAUCUAGCGGAGAACUCGGUCCAACCAUGAAGCUCAAAAGACCUGUCGUCAGUAAAAUGUACGAAGAAGAUAUAAACAAAUUUUAUGGUGAAUAACAGAAGAACUCAAAUGAAACUGUGGGAAUUAAAUGGCUGACUACACUGGGAACAUAGUCUUUUGCCUUUGACCAGUAAUCUGUAUUUUGCUCACUCCAGGGCUUCCAGUGGACCUCACUAUUAUAACACAAGUCCAACUUUAGAUCUUUUUAUACCAAUAGAUUUAUUACCUUCGGUACCACUUAAGUGGCCUUAACUACUAUGUAUACUUGCAUUAAAAAAUAAGUACAAUGUACAUAUUGCAUUCAUAUUGUGGUAGCUAUUGAGGUGGGAUACAGGUAAGGUUAGGGACAGGUUUGGGGGUAUGGGUGGGUCAACAGUGUAAUUAUAAAUGUAAUUACAGGAAUUAAUUACAGAUGUAAUUACAUGUAGUUUUUUUUUAAAUAUAAUUACAAUGUAAAACAUGUAUGUACACAUACAGUAAGUGCAUUGUACCAAAUAAUUAAUUUAAAUGUAAGUACAUAGUAGUUAAGGCCACUUAAUAUAAAUUGGGACCUUACCUUCUACAAAGCUCCAAUUAAUUAUUUUUAUAUCAAUCUGUUUGAAAGAUGAAAUUGGACUUGAUUGUAUGUAAGUGGUAUUACUGUGCAUAUUACUGUUAAUAUAAGAUCUGUGAUUAAGUCAAUUUGUCUAAAUAGUAAUAGGCUUAGAUUGAGUCUCAUACUAUCUGUACAGAUAAAUAUUGUUGCUUGCACACUGAGUAUUGUCGGUACUUCAAACAGUUACAGCCUAACUGUAAAGAAGCAUGUGUGACAAUCGUUUGUUCUCUUGCUGUUCAAAUUUCACCCAGCACAUUGAAUAUUUAUGAAAGUGGAGAUUAUAUGCUGGAAUAUAUAUAAAAAUAAUAUAUUAUCAAACUCUGAGUAAAGUAUGCAUUUGUUUGGUUCCUUUUAGACUGCCUUAUGGAAUAAAACAUAAAAAACAUAAUUGAGAGGUGUAAACGGUCUUUGAGGGAGAACGGAAAAAAUCUGAAUUUUGAGAUAUAGAGACUUAUUUCCUCAGAAUUAUUAAACUCUUUUGCUUAAGUAUUUAUUAGAAUCAGUUUGCUUUGUUUCUUUUAUGAAUGUAUUUUUUGUCUAUACAUUUCUGACUAUGGGAGUGGCAAUAGUAUGAGUAGAUGCAGGGAAGCCUCCUGAUAUGUUCUUGUCUGUUCUCAAACAAAACAAAACGUCUCUCUGAUAAGGUACAACACUGCAGGCACACAGUGGUCUAUCUCCUCCCCGCCCCAGGUAUUGUUUAUAUUGUGUUCCAAAACCAGUUUUGAGGUAAGCAAGAAACAUCAUCCCUUCUUUUGUUCACUUUUUCAGACAGUUUCAUUGAGACUGAUCUGUUUUGUGUUCUGCAUUACCAAUUGUUGGAAGGUCUUUUUUUUAAUAUAAUUGAACAUGUCUGGUGUUACAAGCAGCAGAAGCCAAUGAACUAUAAUUAUUUAAAGUAUUUCUUCUGACACAGAUGAUAUGUGAAGAAUGUUAAGUAGCUGAGAAAUUAGAUUUUAGGAUAUACAAUCACAUCAAGGUUAAAUUACAGCUCAUUAUUCUGCCUAUAUGUAUAGAAUUCUUACUUUUAUAGUAUGACUUCCUAACUAUAACCAUCUGAAAAAUUAAUCAGCUUUAAUCCCCCUCUUUCAAGCUUCCAAGACUUGUACUAUCCUGAACAAUGUCUGAAACUUUGUAUUAGCAUGUAUAAUAUUCCUGUUUCUUGCCUCCUUUAGAGUUAAGAUGAAUCACUUGUUGUAUUCCUCAUUUUUAAGAUGCCUUGGAUGCUAAACGAAUAAAUGUAAAUGUACUU